AAACUCAAGUUCGGGCUGGUCUACCACCGGGAUCAACUAAUGCUAAAUUUCGGCUUCGCAGAUUUUCUCUUUCCAUGGGGGAUUACUUCGCAACAAUGUAUCCAGAUUGUGAGAUCUAUCGGCAUUUCUCUUCAAAUCCUGAUCAGAAUUACAUUCAUAUCAUC